AUGGCGACCGAUAAGACACCGAUUGAAAGCCAAAUUAGGCCUGGUUCGGACGACGAGCUGAACUCGUAUCUCAACCCAGCUACCGCUCGAUUCCUCAAAAGCGUGUCAAGGUCAAUCCUCCAGGACCCGGGAUUGCCCAGGCCAAACCCAACAGUGUCAGCUUGGCAAAUUCCUCCUCAUCCAUCUCUGGCCUCUAUACAGUCAAGGGUUCUGCCAGAGUUUACUGAUUUUGCGGUGAUUGGCUCCGGUAUCACUGGCUGUAGUGUCACAAAGACACUCCUUGAGCACCCAUCUACAGCUAGCUCAGUUGUAACGGUGCUUGAGGCCCGCACUCUUGUUAGUGGGGCAACGGGACGCAAUGGUGGACAUCUUGUCACAGCAUCUGGGCAUACAUUCGGUCCUCUGGCUGAGCAGCAUGGCACUGAGGCGGCAAAGGAGAUCACCCGCUUCAGCAUCAUGAAUAUUGAGCAUUUGAUGAAACUUGUCAGAGAAUUCGACCCUGCUUUGCAAGAAGAAUGUCAGAUACGAGAUGUUCUCAAAGUCAUGGCUGUUGGAGACGACGAGACAUGGGCUGCUGCCAAGAAAUCUGUUCUGGGUUUCCAGGACAAGGUUCCAGAGUACAGCGCUUAUCACAGUAUAAUUGAAAGAGACCAAGUUCCAGAGAGAUGGAAUAUCAAGAAUGCAUCUGGAGCCGUUGAACAUGAAGCUGGUGCAAUUUGGCCCUAUCGACUACUCACCGGAAUCUACGAGCGUCUCUUGAACAAGUACCCCAAUCGACUGAAUAUUGAGACAAAUACGCCGGUCACUCGUGUUGAGUUCUCACAGGGCUUAUAUCCCUACACCAUCACUACUCAAAGGGGAAGCAUCCGAGCUAAAAAGGUCAUCCAUUGCACUAACGGGCAUGCGGCGCACUUGUUGCCAGGGUUAGCUGGAGGUCUGUAUCCAUUCCGAGGAACAAUGUCAGUUCAAAGGCCGGGACCGUUGUUUCCAAAACACAAAGGAACUCGAUCCUGGAGCUUGUCUCAUAAGCCAACACUGGAUGCCGAAACUGGCUUCUUCGACACUGGGCUCUAUUAUUUGCAGCAAAAUGCUCUGACAGAGAGUAUUUGGAUCGGGAACGAGACGGCAUAUAUGAAGGAUAUCUUGACUUCGGAUGAUACUUAUGUUCCUAAAGAAGCAAAGCAGGCACUUUCUACUGUUUUGCCAAAAUUGUUUCUAAAUGGUUGGGGACCAGAGACCGUUUCAGAGAUCGAGUCCAUUUGGUCGGGUAUUCAAGGACAUACAGCAGAUGGACUUCCUGUAGUUGGCAGGAUACCUGAGUCUCUGACGGGCACUAUUGGGGACGAUGGACAGUGGAUAGCUGCAGGAUUCAACGGGUAUGGGAUGGACAAGUGCUGGCUGACUGGUGAGGCGUUGGUUAAGAUGAUACUCGGAGAGGAUGUCAGCGAAUGGUUUCCUGGGGCAUUCCUCAUCACAGAGGAACGUCUCCAGACGAAGCUAACAGCUGAUCAAACGUUGCUCAAGUUUGCAAAGAUCGCCUUGCCUGCAGGUGCCAAGGAGGGGAAGUUGUAA